UCAGUGACAUUUACGUUGAAUCUUAUAUCUUAUCUGAAACCUGUCAUCGAAGAAAAAGACAAUUUCCGAUCAAAUAUAUUUGAAUUCUGAGCAUCGCUGGGCACGAUGAUAAAAAGUGAAGUAGCUAUUACGUUUAUUAGUUAUACAGAGUGAAGAUGAAAACUCGAGAGCUUCGGCCGACGAAGCUAAGCCAAAAAGGUACACGUAGUCCAAAGUUGGAAAAACGGGGCGCGAAACAAGAGGCGCGGCGUCCGAAAAAUACAUCGACACAGAGCGCGACCCCCGGAAUCCCUCGGGAACGGGCUAAGAGAUCCGGCAUCGAGGCCGUCAAACUACACCUGCAGGCUACUGGAGGCACCGGUAGGACUUCGCGUUCAGCCACAUCGGUACGAAAAACGAGCAUCCGAAUGACGGCAAUUAAAGAAUAUCCUUUCGACCUCAGCGAUUUGCAAAAGCAAAACGCAGCAGGCGAGCAACGCCGCGCGCCGGAACAUAACCCCGAGCUGCCGCGCCCGACCGCAACCGCACCUGUAGCCACAAUUGAAACCGCGCCCGUUGAAGGCAAGAGAAAAGUGUCAAUCAUGGCUGACGAAAAGAGCAAAGACAGAGAAAAUCAGCCAUCAGACAGGAAUGGCCGGGUGUCAGCGCAAGCGGAAGGGCCAUCGCGCCGCAAGAGCAAUCUACACAAUGCCAUGGCGGCCGAAAUGGACUCCUCAUGGGAUCGGCCGGCACACAUCGAGGGCAGGUAUAAAAAAUAUUCAACAACUUCUUCCGUAUAUUCCAAGAAAGCACUAUCUCAUCAAAGCGAACAUAUCGAAAGAUCCUGGUGGUACGCCUGCUGCCAGAAGUGUCACCAAGAGGACGCUGGGACUCCCUCCUGGGAGCCACCGCAUUGGCAAAAGAUUUGUCCCUACCCACUAUGUCCAUCCUACAGACAUUUUGCUCAAACACUUUCCGUAUUUUUAAUUGGUAUUUUGGCAUGGGUGAUUAUCUGGAUAGUAAUGGGGGAGACGGCAGCGCCUGGCGGUCAGCUAUUCACCCUGGCCGCGCUCACCAUCGCCGCGUACUUCGGUGGCUGGCUUAUGGUCAAAGUUACCACGCUGCCUGCACUCAUCGGAAUGUUGAUUGUAGGAAUUAUACUGAAAAAUGUUGGAUUUGUGAAUUUUGAUGAAAACUACGAGCACGUAUGUUCUUACAUAAGAAAAAUAGCUUUAACAAUUAUUCUAACCCGAGCUGGUUUGGAUCUUGAUCCGGUAGCGAUGAAAAAGUUCUUCUUCACCGUUAUAAAGCUGGCUCUAAUACCUUGGACAUUUGAAUGCGUACUUUGCGCAGUAAUGGCCAAUUUACUUCUCGGACUCCCUUGGGAUUGGGCAUUCCUACUGGGUUCUAUAAUAGCUGCGGUGUCGCCGGCUGUGAUCGUGCCGUGCCUGUUCCGACUGCGCGGCAAGGGGUACGGCGUGUCCAAGGGCAUCCCCACACUAGUGCUGGCCGUAUCAGGUGUCGACGAUGCGGCCAGUGUAGCUGUCUUCGGAAUUGUUUCCUCUAUCAUGUUUUCAAGUUCAUCUAUAACGAUGAAUAUCAUACAGGGUCCAUUCAGUGUAAUCGGAGGAAUAGCAUUUGGUGUAGUUUGCGGGUACCUUGUAAAAUAUAUUCCGGAAAGAAAUGAUGCUUUCUUAGUGCCACUACGGGUGCUGCUUCUACUUACCGGAGGUCUCAUGUCUGUGCUCGGUUCAGAAGAAAUCGGCUGGGGCGGAGCUGGGCCAUUAGCAGUUAUUGCCUUCGCAUUCGUCGCGUGUAAGAAUUGGGCUGAGCAGGGAUGGGAACUCGAGGACAAUCCUGUUGCAACCGCAUUCGAAAUAUUCUGGAUGUUCUUCGAACCGAUGUUGUUCUCUGUCACUGGAGCACAAAUUGUUAUUGCAGAUUUAGAACCGCAUUUAGUGCUGGUUGGUGGCGGUAUCCUGGUGACGUGCGCAGUGCUGCGAACUAUACUGACGAGCGUUUGCGCAGUGCGCAGCAACCUCAACAUGAAGGAAAAGGUGUUCGUUGGCCUCGCCUGGAUGGCCAAGGCUACCGUACAGGCCGCUUUAGGUCCUGUAGCUUUGGAUGAAGUGCGUAAGAUGGCGGUCGCCGAAGGUCAACCCGUUCCCGAGUUGCUACAGUACGCGGAGACAGUGCUCACCGUGUGCAUUAUGUCGAUUGUGAUCACAGCCCCGCUGGGAGCUAUGGUCAUUACUGUAACUGGGCCCAGGCUACUCUCCAAAACUACCAAGCCUCCCGUUUUGGAAGGUUGGCGACGAUCACAUCGUCCUUCUAUUCGAGAUAUUUCUAUCAUCGAUGAAGAGGAAGUCGCUGAACGCGAGUGUGAAGCAGAAGCUAACAACUCAUCGCCAGAGGGCAGUCCCGCAGCGCCCAACGCGUACAGCAGUCCCAUGCCGGCGCCCGUGCCCGUCACUGUACAACCCAACAACCGCACAUGACCGCUGUCACCUUGACAAGUCUUUUACCGUCCAUUACGAGUAUACUUAUUCAUUCCAAAACAAAACUGCUUGUUCAAGCAACAAAUGAAACAAAUAUCUAUACAAUAUUUUGAACCGCAACAUCCGAUUUUAUGAAAGCGAAUAACAACUUCGUAAUUUCGAAAUACAUUUUGUUAUUUAAGGGAUUUUCAACACUUAGUACGGAGUACUUAACGAGUUCCGGUAGAACAGGUACCUAUAUUAAUUAUCGGAAUAUAUCGCAUAGCUUGUGACAAAACGAAUUAACAUAUUUUACUUGUAUUCAAAAUUAAGAACUUAAUUCGCCUAUGUGAUAAAUGUGUAUACUUAAUAUUUAAUGGAUUAGAAUAAAC